AUGACUUCAUGGCAUCGAAAAAAAGAUUCAGUCCCUUACGAAACGGCUGAGUUAAUCAUAAGUGGUAUUGUUCCUAUUGUUCUUAUUGUGAUUGGUACUGUUGGCAAUAUUAUAUCUAUUAUUGUUUUACUCAAUAAAGAAAAUCGUCGAACAUCAACUAAUAUCUAUUUGGUAUUUUUAUGUCUUGUUGAUACAAUUUCACUUUAUCAAUGGAAUUUAAGUAAUAUUAUAUAUACAUUUACAGAUGGUCAGAGACAAAUAUGGGGUCAAUCAUUAUUCAUCUGCAAAUUAAGUCAAUUUUUUCCUUUUUAUACUUUACAUACAUCAGCCAUGUUUCUUACUUUUGUUGAGCUUGAUCGAGCUUGUUUAUUAAGAAGUCGAUGGUAUAAAAUCAAAAUAGCUCGACCACGUGUUGCAUUCAUAAUUUGUGUUAUUAUUCUACUAANAACUUACCAAUAG